AUGGCAAUGGUGCCCAAAGUCUCUCCUUUAGUAUUAUAUGCAUUCCUCUUUCUAUCCCUCAAGGUGGCGAUAGGGGAGAUACCAUCAUCCUCACCCUUUAGCUUUAUCAAACCCUUACAGGGAUCCAAGAAAGGAGAUGAAGUGAAAGGGUUGUAUAACCUCAAGAAGUAUCUCAAAAGAUUUGGUUAUAUAGAUGAUCUUCCCUAUAAUAGCACCUCUCCCGAAGCUAAUUAUUUCUCCGAUCAAUUGGAAUCGGCGGUGAGAACUUAUCAAACCAACUUCAACCUCAGCCCUACCGGAGUUUUGGACUUUGACACUGUAUCACUGAUGAUGAAGCCUCGAUGUGGAGUGCCGGAUAUCAUCAACGGCACGAAUUGGAUCCGGCGACGAUUAGUGCCGCAUUAUUCUUUCAUUCCCGGCAAUCCCAAGUGGCCGGACGACAAGGACGUGCUCUCAUAUGCAUGGGCAUAUGGUACUCCAUAUGAAUUUGUCCGGACCACGAAGAUGGCCUUUCAACAAUGGUCUGGAUGGACUCGUUUAUCAUUUAACGAUGGAACAGACUACAGAAGUGCAGAUUUAAAGUUCCAUUUGUUUGCCGGCGAACAUGGCGACGGGCAGGCGUUUGAUGGGCCCGGAGGAAUCAUUGCUCACUCAUUUGAACCCACUGAAGGGAUUUGUCACUUUGAUUCAGAAGAAGAGUGGGCAGAAGUUGGUGUAUAUCCCUAUGGUGUGGACAUACAAUCUGUGGUCACGCAUGAAAUUGGACACCUUCUUGGACUUGGGCACUCUGGAGUUCCUACAGCUGUUAUGUUUCCUGCUAUUGGGUAUGGUGAGACAAAAAGACUCCUUGACAACGAUGAUAUUCAAGGAAUUAGAGCUCUUUAUCCUUAA